CUCCUUUUCUCCGCUCCGUGACAUCAAGUCGUGACGGCAGUGGAGGUGCUUUCAGCCAUGGUAGUCUAGCCACUGCAUGAGUGAAAUCUGUUUAUGAUGAAUGGACCAGCAGUAACUGUUAAUGGGUUGUCUGAACAUAAUGGCUCUGAAGGUGAACCAGUCUGGGAGAGAUUAUGGUCUUUGGAAGAAAUCCGAAGAACUAGUGGGAACUGGUCUUUGGCUGCUGAUGCUGGGCUACUACUCUUUCUACAAGAUUUCUCCCAACAAAUUAUUUCUAAAACACAUGAGAUUGAGAAACAGUUGGAUGGUUUGAUCCGCGAAACCAAAACUACAGACUGUCGUUUGCAUAAUGUCUUCAAUGAUUUUCUUAUGCUGUCCAAUACUCAAUUUAUUGAAAACAGAGUCUACGAUGAAGAACUCGAAGAUCCUGUGUCAAAACCAGAAACUGGUGAAAAAAAUGAACAGGAAAAAACAAGAGAACAGAAAGAAGCUGAGCUGAUACCUAAAGUACAAGAAGCUGUAAAUCAUGGGUUACGUGUUCUGGAGUCUGCUUUUGAGCAAUUGGAUAUUAAAGCAGGAAAUUCUGAUUCAGAAGAAGAGGAGGUUAAUGAAAGGGUUGAACUCAUAUUGGAACCAAAGGAUCUCUACAUCGAUCGACCAUUGCCAUGUUUAAUUGGCUCCAAGCAGUUCAUGGAGCAAGAUGAUGUUGGUCUUGGAGAUCUUUCAACUGAUGAGGAAUCCAUAGACAGUGACAGAGGCAGUAUCAUUGACACUGAAGAUGACCAUGAUGAACUAUCAGAAGAUGACUCAGAAUAUCAAAAGGAAGAUGAAGAAAAAAGUAAACAGAUGCACUCAAGUGAGGAUGAAGAUUACAAAGAUGACAAUGAUUCGGAUCUGUUUGGUGACUCAGAAAAGGAGGAGGAUGGUGGAGAUGAAGAAGAUACAAGAACCAGAAAAAGAGGAUCAGCAUCAACAUUUGCAGAUGAGUUGGCAGCCCGCAUAAAAGGAGAGACACUUAAAGUAGAUGCAGAACGGACAUCAUUAUCAUCAGUGGAAGCUGCAACAAAGAAAAGAGCAAAAGAGAAGAAGGAAACUAGAAAACAGCAAUCAGAAGAUAACAGUGAUGACCUCUUCAGACCUUCAGAGACGGAAAAUGAAGACUUCUCUAUUUUUAGUGGCACAGGUGGCCUGUUCAGUGGAAAGAAAGGACUAUUUGAUGAUGAGGAAGAGGGGGAUCUUUUUGCUGAUGCACCAAAGGAAGAACCACAAAAAGAACCAGUGGCUGAAACACACCCCAAUAAAGAACAUCUAGUGACCAAAUCUGCAAAAAAAGUACCUGUUGGAGCUGUCAGCAUUUUCCCAGCUGCAGGUGACAAUCUGUUUAACCCAAGUGUGCAAGAGUCAGAUGAAGAUAAAGCAACAGACAAGAAACCAAAUGAAGUCAAACCUUCAGCUAUAAAACAGUCUGUCACCGGAGGCCUCUUUGAUGAUGACGACGACUAUUUAUUUACUGGAUCAAAUAUGAAAAAAUCUAAUUCAGCUCCUGAAAAAUCGAAGUCAAAGCCUGCCAGUGAUCUUUUUGUUGAAGAUGAUGAUGAUUUAUUCAAAGAAAAGGUAAAUUCUGACACGUCAGCUGCAAUACACAAACAAGCUGGAAAGAAAGACGGACCAUUUGCUACGAAAAAGGAUGUUAAGCACUCAGUAGAGGUAUCAGAGUCUGCACCAAAGCCAUCUGAAAAGUCUCAGCACACCAGCCUGUUCUCAGAUGAAGAAGAUUCACAGGACUUUUUCUCUUCAAGUCAAACUAUGAACAAAGGCCAGUCAAAGCCUUCAACUUUACCUCAGAGUAAAUCAACAACAUUGUCACUUUUCAGUGAUGAGGAGGAGGAUAACCUCUUUGUUUCUGCACCUGUAAAGAUACAAACAGCAUCUUCAGUAAAGAAACAACAAGAACCUCUGAAAUCAGCUCCACAACCAAGUAAACCUAAAAUCGCGACAUUAUUCAGCAGUGAUGAUGAGGACCACUGGGAGAGCACAAAGAAGGGCAUAAAUGUUCCUAAAGAUGACAAAGAUGAUGAUCCUACAAAACGUAAAAGCGUAGCAGCUAAAGACAACUCACUUCAAAAGAAAGCAAGUUCAAGCCUCUUUGAUGCUGAAGAAGAUUUGUUCGAUGCAACUAAAAAGGACAGUCAUACAAAACCCAAGAAGGUGUCCUUGUUGUUUGAAGAUGAAAAUGAAGACUCGUCCCUUUUUGGCUCGAAGAUUGCAACUAGCAAAUCUGUUCCUGAAAUUGCACCAAAGCCAUCUCCUAAACCUAAGAUACCUUCUUUAUUUGAUGAAGAUGAAAAUGAGGCUGUCUUUGAGAAAACUACAGAAAAUAAAGCAACAGGGGACCCAGAAAAGAAGAAGAAGCCUGCUGGAGCAGUUAGCCUUUUUGGAGGAAUUGAUGUGUUGAAAGUGCAGAAGAAAGAAGUUGCUGAGCCUAGCAAAAGUACUACAGUAGAACUAGAAGAGGAAGAUCCAUUCAAAGAUUCUCCUCCACCGUUAGAAAAGACAGUAAAACCACUCCCGGUGCCAAGCUUGUUUGAUGAUGAGAAUGAUGAUGAAGAGGAGGAAAAAAUUGCCAUUUCUAAAGUCAAAACUGUUCAACAUCAAAGCACUUCUCAGGUUGGACAUAGUGAGAAAAUGACUCCUGAAUUAGAUGACGAUGAAGAUCCUUUCAAGGCAACACCACCACCAUUUCAGAAAAAAACAAAGCCAGAAAAUCUGCCAAGCUUGUUUGAUGAGGAGGAAGAAGAAGAAGAGGGGAAGGAUGAAAGAGAAAUCAUUGUGUCUGUAGUCAAGACUCCAUUAAAUCAAGACAUUUCUAAGUCAGCCGAAGAGAACACCCGCAGUAAGAGUACCAGGGUUUUUCAAGAUGAGGAACUUCUUUUCAGUCAGAAACAACAGAAGGAUAAUGAUCCAGAAGUUGAUCUGUUUGCUGCUACAAAGAAACCUUUGCCAGGAAAACCAAGCUUUUCAAAAGUUCCUCCUGGUCCUAGUUUGUUUGUUGGUGAUGAGGAAGAAGAGGAUCUUUUUACAACAGUUAAGCCAAAGCAAUCUCCAAAGUCCAUCGAGCCAGUCCCUUUUAAAAAUAAAGAGCCUUCUUCAAGGAUUGGAAAACUACAAGCUACUUUGGUGAUUAACCCUGCAAGCCUCUUGCCAGGCAGUGCCCCUAGAAUUCCAGGAGCAGCAGCUGUCAUGCCAGGAGCAAGCCUACCUUCAUCGCGAACUUAUGAUGUUGAAACUAGUGUUGUCAGAUCUUCCAUUAUCAAAGAAGAUGGUGUUAGCUUUGAUCUUCCGGCACAAGCAGAUACUUUGCAUAGUGCAGUUAAGAGUCGUGUAAAAGUUACUGGCAAACGAAGACCCCGUUCAAGAGCUGCAAGGCAAUUAGCAGCACAGCUUUCUAGUGAAACAGAGGAGUUUAACUAUAAAGAAGUCCAGGAUUCAGUGUACGCAAGUGUAGUGACUGACACACAACAGCAUCAGCCUACUGAGUUAACUGUGGCUUCUGGAAGAAAGCAAAGACUUGAAGAAAACCCUACAUCUGCAUCAGCUAAUCCUCUAACUGGUGAAAGCAAAGACAUAUCUUCAGCAGAACCUAAGACUAUGGGCAGUUCAUUUGAUAUCUUUCACUCAGAUGUUAUUUUUCCCAGUGUGCCACCAACUCAGAUAGAUUCCAAGCCAAAGGAAAAUAGCUUCAAGGAGGUGGCCAGCAAGACAGUGAAAAUUCAUGAAAAGGACCCUAGCUUUUCUGUGUUUGAUCACUCAAGUGGUGGUGAUCUCUUCCAUUCUGUGAAACAGAAGACUAAAAAACUAAAACCAACUUCUUUCCUAGAAGAUGAAGAUGAUGAUGACUUGUUUGGCACUAAAAAGACUGCACCUGUAAAGAAAGAUUCCAGACCUGCAGUGCAUAAGGAAUCAAAACGUCAAGCAAAUGAUAUAUUUGAGGAUGACAUUUUUGCAAGUGAAACUGCAAAACCAGCUAAAAAGACUCAAGAAAAAACAUUGGCCUCCAGUCUGUUUGAUGAAGAUGUUGAUAUUUUUGCUGAUGUAACAGUGAAACCAAAAGAAAAGAAGACAAAGAAAAAAACAGAAACAAAGUCUAUUUUUGAUGAUGAUAUGGAUGACAUCUUUUCAACCAACAGUAAAACCAAAACAACUAAGCCCAAGUCAAAAUCAGGAAAGAAGGCACCUGAUAUUACAGCAGAUGUCAAGACUUCCAGUAUAUUUGAUGAUCCUUUGAAUGUCUUGGGAGGCAAUUAAAAUAUUUUUCCAGUCAUUGCUAACUACUCAUCAUUCUUGUUUAGUAAUGUAUUUCCAUAUUCUAUUAUUUCUGUACAAUAGAUACCAUUUUUGUUUAUACUGAUUACAUUAAUACAAAGGAAUGAUGUGUAGAAUACUUUCUGACAUUCCAUAUGGGUGGUCCUUUGACGCACUACCUGCUGGGUUCUUCACUUAAAGUACAACUGUAUAUAAUAUUAUAACUCUUGGUUUACCAUCCACAUUUCUGAGAACCCAGACAUCUUUGCCACUUAACUGUCAUAUGUAACAUUUUUUUUUCGAUUAAAUGUGCAUAAAAAAUUAUGUUUUAAAAAGAAUUCUUUAAGAUGAGCUAGCCGUUUGUCAUAGUGUUGACAAUACUGAAUGUUUUGUGUUUAGGCUGUGUAUUGACAUGUUUCUAAUGCUUAAAACAUUAAGUUAAUAUUUUUUGUAGAGAGCAGAAGAGAAUUCCUGGUGGAAUGAUUUUGUCAAUCUGCCAUUUAUUCUUAACUUCUAUAUAGUAAAUCAGUUUUCACAUCGUC